UCGAGCUUUCGCUAUGUAUUCGUAAAAAAGUCACAUGUAGUCAUUUUUCUGUAUGUUUCUAAGAAGAUACUGAAAAGCACAGGUGUAAUAUAGUAAACAAACGCCUGACCCACAUUAUGUCUUUUUAAAACUCCGGAAAGGUUUUUGUCGGCCCAUAGAGGUAGUCCACACAUGUAUGUUGAACAGCUCGCGUUGCUAAUGGUUGGUUGAAAACAUCAAGAUUUGACUUUUUGAGGCUUUUAUCGACAUUAUGUUGAAAUCUAAAACCUUCGUGAAGAAGACCCGGUCAGGCGGGGUGAUGAAGAUAGUCCGUGAGCAUUAUCUAAGAGACGAUAUUUGGUGCGGAAGUGAAGUAUGCACUGAAUGCAAACAGGAGUCCACAGUGUUACAGAGAGAUGCGUGCAUCGAGACCAACCUGUGUACUUACCCACAUUAUCUGGUUCCUGACACUAAUGUGGUGCUGCAUCAGAUUGACGUUUUGGAAGAUCCUGUGAUUCGUAAUGUGAUCAUUCUUCAGACGGUGCUGCAGGAGGUUCGCCACCGCAGUGCCCCUGUCUAUAAACGCUUAAAGGACGUCAUUCAUGAGAAAGAGAAGCACUUUUACACCUUUACAAAUGAACAUCACAGGGAGACAUUCAUUGAACGUGAACCAGGGGAGAGUGCCAAUGAUCGUAACGACCGUGCCAUCAGAGUGGCGGCAAAAUGGUACAGCCAGCAUCUGAAGACAUCUUCAUCAGAUCCAGAGGGGCUUAAGGUGGUCCUCCUCACCAAUGACAUUGGUAACAAGCAGAAAGCAGAGGAGAGUGGCCUGUUGGUCUACAAAUGUGAAGAAUACAUCAAGAGUCUGAUAGCGAACCCUGAGCUUGUGGAUCGACUGGCUUUGUCCAGUGAUGACAAGAACGAGAUUGCCAGCAGUAAGGUGUUAUUCCCAGAGCAUCUCCCUCUGUCCAGGAUUCAAGCAGGGAUUAAGAGUGGCACCUUUGUUCAGGGCACCUUUCGGGCCAGCAGGGACAACUAUUUGGAGGCUACAGUUUUUGUCCAGGGAGAGGAGGAAGACAGCACAGAGGUUCUUAUCCAGGGUCUUCAAAACCUUAACAGAGCAAUUCACCAGGAUGUGGUUGCCGUACAGCUGUUGCCACGGGAUCAGUGGGUGGCCCCCUCUUCGGUUGUUCUGCAAGAUGAGGGCACGGCAAAGGAUGAUGAAGCUGAAGACGAAGAGGAGGAGAAACCAUUGAAGAUAUCUGCAGCUGAAGCAGCUAAAAAGCCCACAGGAAGGAUUGUAGGAAUCAUCAAAAGGAACUGGAGGCCGUUCUGUGGCAUGCUCAAUGUCUCCCAGAUUAAAGAGUCCACCCGCCAUCUUUUCACCCCAGCGGACCGUCGUAUCCCUCGCAUUCGCAUCGAAACACGUCAGGCAGCUACACUGGCAGGCCAGAGGAUCAUGGUUGCCAUUGACGGCUGGCCCAAGAAUUCAAGAUAUCCAAAAGGCCACUUUGUGCGAAGUCUUGGAAGUGCAGGGGAAAAAGACACAGAGGAGGAGGUUCUGCUCUUAGAGCACGAUGUCCCUCACCAGGCCUUCUCUCAGGCUGUGCUCAGUUUCCUUCCCAAAAUGCCAUGGGGCAUCACACCAGAGGACAUGGUGAGAAGAGAGGACCUGAGGCAUCUGACAGUGUGUAGCGUGGAUCCUCCAGGAUGUACAGACAUAGACGAUGCUCUCCACUGUAGAGAGAUUGACAAUGGAAAUCUUGAGGUGGGCGUUCACAUCGCUGAUGUGAGUCACUUCAUCAGACCUGGUAAUGCUUUGGACAAAGAGGCUGCAAACCGUGGCACCACCGUCUACCUGUGUGGCAAAAGGAUAGACAUGGUUCCUGAGCUGCUCAGCUCUAAUCUUUGUUCUCUGCGCUCCAAUGUGGAAAGGCUGGCUUUCUCAUGUAUCUGGGAGAUGAACCACAAGGCAGAAAUCCUUAAGACCCGGUUCACCAAAAGUGUCAUAAACUCCAAGGCAUCUCUGACCUAUGCAGAGGCUCAAAUGAGGAUUGAUGACACCAGCAAAAAUGAUGAUAUCACCAAGAGUCUUCGAGGUCUCAACAAGCUGGCUAAAAUUCUCAAAAGAAAAAGGAUCGAGAACGGGGCAUUGACGCUUUCAUCUUUAGAGGUCCGUUUUCACAUAGACAGUGAAACCCACGAUCCCAUCGAUCUCCAGACCAAAGAACUCAUGGAGACGAACUCCAUGGUCGAGGAGUUCAUGUUGCUGGCCAACAUUUCUGUCGCGCAGAAGAUCUAUGAGGAAUUUCCUGACUGUGCUAUGCUGAGGAAACAUCCAGCUCCACCUCCUUCCAACUAUGACAUCCUGAUCAAGGCUGCAAAGUCUAAGGAAGUGGCAAUCCACACAGACUCAGCGAAGGCACUGGCUGAUUCCCUCGAUGUGGCCAGAGUAGACGGCUUCCCGUACUUUAACACAUUACUGCGCAUCCUGGCCACUCGCUGCAUGAUGCAGGCUGUUUAUUUUUGUUCUGGCAUGGACAGUGAUUUCCACCACUAUGGCUUGGCCUCACCCAUUUAUACACACUUCACGUCACCAAUUCGAAGGUAUGCUGAUAUAAUAGUACACCGCUUGCUGGCAGUGGCCAUUGGAGCAGACUGCACCUAUCCAGAUCUGAUGGACAAACACAAACAGUCAGCUCUGUCCAACAACCUCAACUACAGACACAAAAUGGCUCAGUAUGCUCAGAGGGCCUCUGUGGCGUUCCACACUCAGUUGUUCUUCAAAAGCAGAGGAAUUCUGAAUGAAGAAGGAUUUGUGCUGUUUGUGAGGAAGAACGCAAUCAUUGUGCUCAUACCGAAGUUUGGCCUGGAGGGAACCGUCUUCUUUGACGCCAAAGACAAGGAUGCUCCAAAUCUUGUCUUUGAUGAAGAGGGACCCACUUUAAAGGUAGAGCAGCACACCUUCCACAUAUUUGACCAAGUGAAGGUCACCAUCAGCCUGGAUGCCUCCAACAUUCAACACCAGAAGAUUCGCAUGGCUCUGACUGACCCCGUGAUUCCUGGUGUGAGUGUUCCAGUCCCAGAUGUGGAACCACAGCCGAAGAAACCAAAACUGGACCGCUGACCCAGAAAGCAGAAGAGUAAUUCACAUAAACCAGUUGAAAACCAGUAUGAACUGUUUGAUGCAACGACAAGCAUUUUUGUCAGUUUUAAUAAAUCUACUCAAGUGAAUUGUUUCAGCCUCAAUUAAAUGUUUUGUUUAUAAAUGUUUUUAAGAUUUGUUUCAUAAACAAGCAAAUGCAGUGGGACCUGAUCAAUAACUGUUAAGAUAGGGACUCAACCAUUAAAAGCUUUUAACCUC